CUGAGAAUCUAGUGAUGAAUUUGGUAUUUAUACGGUUCUUUGAAUUUUCUGUUACGGUCUAGAGUGGGUAAUCUGCAUCUUUGUGUCUCGCUUUCUACGUCACCCUUUACUUUUUUGGUUUUAUAUUUUCGAUCUUGCCCAAUCAUAACUUUUAAUCAUCCAGUAUCUCCAAAGCCUUGAUUUUUAUACGUUAUUGGGAUUCCUUGAGUUGAAGGAAGUGCAAGACAGGAAAAAGAGAAAGAUGGGUUCUCAAGAGGAUGAGAGAUCUCUUUUGGAAGAUGGUCUUCUUCAGAAUGAUGGCGGUGAAAUCUACUCAGGCGAUGGCUCAGUUGACAUUAAAGGGAGGCCUGUUUUGAAGCAAAAUACUGGAAAUUGGAAAGCAUGCCCCUUCAUUCUAGGUACUGAAUGUUGUGAACGGCUGGCCUACUAUGGAAUCGCUACUAAUCUUGUUACAUAUCUUACAAGAAAACUGCAUGAAGGAAAUGUUUCUGCAGCAAGAAAUGUUACCACUUGGCAAGGCACUUGCUAUCUUACACCCCUUAUUGGAGCCAUAUUAGCAGAUGCUUACUGGGGGCGAUAUUGGACAAUUGCUGUUUUCUCCACAAUUUACUUCAUUGGAAUGUGUACUUUGACUCUAUCAGCAUCAGUUUCAGCAUUGAAGCCAGCUGAAUGCUUUGGUUCUGUAUGCCCACCAGCUACUCCAGCACAGUAUGCAGUGUUCUUCAUUGGCCUCUAUCUGAUUGCUCUGGGUACUGGUGGUAUUAAACCAUGUGUUUCAUCCUUUGGGGCAGAUCAGUUUGAUGAUACCGAUCCAGAGGAAAGGAAAAAGAAGGGAUCUUUCUUCAACUGGUUUUACUUUUCUAUCAACAUCGGUGCUCUUAUAUCAAGUAGUUUACUGGUGUGGGUUCAAGACAAUGCAGGGUGGGGUCUAGGAUUUGGCAUUCCUACAUUGGCUAUGGCUAUUGCAAUAGGUAGUUUCUUUUUGGGCACACCUCUCUAUAGAUUUCAGAAACCAGGGGGGAGCCCUGUUACAAGAAUGUGUCAAGUUUUGGUUGCAUCAUUUCAUAAGUGGAAUCUGGAGGUUCCCAAAGACAGUAGUCUCCUGUAUGAAACACAGGACAAAGGCUCAGCCAUUGAAGGAAGUCGUAAAUUGGAGCACAGUAACGAACUCACGUGCCUUGAUAAAGCCGCUGUACUUUCUGAACCCGAGGUCAGUACUGGGAACUUCUCUAAUCCAUGGAGGCUUUGCACUGUAACUCAGGUUGAGGAAUUGAAGAUUCUGAUCCGCAUGUUUCCAAUCUGGGCUACUGGAAUUGUCUUUUCUGCUGUUUAUGCUCAAAUGUCCACAUUAUUUGUCGAACAAGGGACAAUGAUGGACACAACCGUUGGCUCUUUCUCUAUUCCCCCAGCGUCUCUCUCAACUUUUGAUGUAAUCAGUGUUAUUUUCUGGGUCCCUGUCUAUGACAGGGUAAUUGUCCCAAUUGCAAGGAAAUUCACAGGCAAGGAACGAGGCUUCUCGGAGCUGCAACGGAUGGGAAUUGGGCUCUUCCUUUCAAUUCUAUGCAUGUCGGCAGCUGCUGUGGUGGAGAUCAUUCGGUUGCGAAUUGCCAGGGAACUUGGUUUGGUUGACCAACAAGUUGCUGUACCACUUAGUAUCUUCUGGCAAAUACCACAAUACUUUCUGUUGGGUGCUGCUGAGAUAUUUACAUUUAUUGGACAGCUCGAGUUCUUCUACGACCAAUCUCCAGACGCCAUGCGGAGUUUAUGCAGUGCAUUAUCGCUUCUGACAACUUCAUUAGGUAAUUAUCUAAGCUCGUUCAUCCUAACCAUUGUAACUUAUAUAACGACGAAGGGCGGGAAAACUGGAUGGAUACCGGAUAAUUUGAAUGAAGGCCAUCUUGAUUACUUUUUCUGGCUUUUAGCUGGAUUAAGCUUCCUCAAUAUGUUGGUAUACAUAGUCUUCGCAGGGAGGUACAAAGCAAAGAAGGCUUCUUAAAUUUCUGUUGAAACCGAAUGGAAGCUUGGUUGUUACACUUUUCCAGUGGCUGAUCAUGUUGUGGAAGCCAUAACUUUUAUUACUCUGGUUUGUGCUUUUUGUAAAUAAAUACUUCAAUUUCCACAAUUAAGUUUGGUUGUUGAUUAUCAAAGAAAAUGUCAUAUUGAUUGGAAGAUGUUCACAAUUGUAGUACUGUAUGCAAUUUUUCUCGAUUCCCUUGGAUAAAUAUCAUCAUGCUUUUAAGCAAAAAUAAACAAAAUUACUUUUGAUCA